CUAGAUAAAGCCUGUGGUAACGGAAUUCAAAGUGCACAUAUGUAAAAUAUCUUGUUUAACCGUGAAAUAUUCAACGUUUUAUUCAAGYCUGCAUCAAAUGUUCMCCAAGAAAGUGAAAGCAAAAAGACGGUAGACACAACCACAAACGAGACAACACACYACAAGACAGGACAGGACAAGAUAAUCACAAGAAGUAGAAGGAAAAAGGCCGAGGCUGAAGCAGCGGAGCCAAAUACUCCUCCUAAGAUCACCAAAACAUGUGACGAUUCAGCUAAACCAUCGUCAAGUAGUGCCGAUAGUCAAGCUGACAAUGAGAAAGACAAGAAUUAUAGUGAAAAUGGACCACAGGAGAGAGAUAUUUUACAACAUCACUCGAAGAUGGAAUCUCAUAUUUCAUUACUAGGUAAGCACAGUGAAGAACAAAGAAAUACCCUGGAACACCACCAAAAGCUUCUCACACUGGAGAGAGCCGAACGAAAUCGCAGCUUUGAACGAAUACAAGAACUUCAGUCAACGCAGAGAGAAAAUCAAAUUCGUCUUAUAGAGAAAGAUGAAAGCAUAGCACUUCUAGAAAGAGAAGUUGAGAGUCAGAAAGRUACAGUUCGUCAACUCCAACAAGAGCUAACACAAGAGCGUGAAUCGUCGACCCUGAUGCGAAAAGUUCAAUCCGACUUAGCYCAAGUGAGYCGAGAGUUUGACGAGGAAAAGAUUGUACGCGGGAUCCGCGACAAACAGCUACAGGACAAGCAGGCCGAGCUUGAAGAAAUWAGGAGGUUGUUUUCUGAGGAGGGAAGCGCAAAGCGAAGYUUAGAAGAAGAGCUUCAGCGAAUGCAAAACACUUGUGUUCAACACAUGGARGAACUUGAGAACCAACGAUUAUUUCGACAAACGCAGGAACACGAGCUGCAGGGAAGAGAYGACAGACUACGCGCGAGUGAGCAGCGCUACCAAGAUGAGCGCUCCACAAGAUUAAACCUUGAAGAUCAACUUCGACGCCUUCGACUCGAAAACGAUGAAUUGCGUUGCUCGAGGGAGUCGACUGAUAAUGAACUUGUACAAGAACGACGUCGAAGACGAGAAGAAUCSGACUCUUUUGCUCAGGAGCYACAAUCUUACGAACAACGACUACGAGAGAGCCUAAGUUCRCUUGKAGACAGCGAGCGCAGAAUACAAGAGCUUCAGACAACCGUGAACAACUCYCAAAGUAUUCUUGAUGACCAUCGUCGAAUAGAYCCACGUGACUGGAUAAUUCGACGGGAGGAAGUGACGCUUARAGACGUAUCACUUGGCAACGGUGCCUGGGGAACGGUCAAGGUCGGGAUUUUUCGAAGCUGUAAAGUAGCAGUUAAGCAAAUCCACGAACUUAUUCUGUCACCACAUAAUCGAAGGCUUUUUGAGCGAGAAAUGAGUAUAGCUGCACGCUGUAGACAUCCCUGUCUGCUCCAAUUCAUUGGCGCCACGAACGAUGACGGCAAACUGAAAUAA